AUGUGUGAAAGAAGGCUAACAAAGAGAGUGUAUAAGGGAGAAGUGGAAAUGGGAGUUGGAAGGGGUAGACCUCGGCGGACUUUCUCUGAUCAGAUUGGGGAAAUCCUGAAGAAAGGCCAGGUCAAUAGCACCCUAAGUCGGCGAGCGUGUAUGAGGAAUGUUAUGAAAGUGAAGGAAGAGAAAGAGGACGGCAGUCAAGCAGUUCGGAAGUCGAACUACCUCAACCGAUGGCCCCAUCCUUUAUGGAACUAUACAAGACAUUGCGUGGAACUUCAGGCAAUAAGCAAGAAUGGCAUUGACGUUGAAUCUAUCAGACUGAUCCAUCGCGUCAUACGUGAGGGAAAGAAAGUGGACGAGUAUGCAUACAUUAAGGAUACCGUAAUUGCAUCUGCUAUGCUAUUAUCCUGCUUAUUCCUCCUCCUCACUCUGGCGGCCUACGGUGUGCUGCCGCAGAAAAGGAACCUCCCGGCCCUCAUGCUGAUGGCGCUGGUGUCCUGCCUGUUCAGCACGUGCUUGUUCAGGGCCAUUCAGGUGUUCACUUUAACUUUGGGGUUGAAGAAGAAUGUGUGCACUUUUUUGGGUCUAGUGCUGUAUUAUUCGGUGUGGGCCAGCUUUACGUGGAUGAACGUUAUGUCCUACGACAUGUGGACAACUACAUGCAACGUAUACAGCCAACACUCGCAACCCAGAAGCAAGAUCCUCACGAAGUUCUACUGGUACAGCACGUACGGUUUCGGAGUACCCUUCCUAAUGGUCGCCUUCAUGGUCGGCAUAGAUUACGCCGACCUGACGGCGGUACCGGACUUCGCGAAGCCACACUUCGUGAACAGCCCUUUCUGCUACUUUGAAACCCAGAACGAGGGUCGCCUGUACGUGAACGGGCCCAUUCUGGUCACAAGCAUAAUCAACAUCUGCUUCUUCGUGAUGACGGCUCGCUACAUUUGUCGGAACAGCGCCAAGCCCGGCGGCAGCGGCGACAGCAGGAACACUAAGAAGGCUCAGAACAGCUACCCAAUAUGA